CCAACCUUUUCUUUAAAUUGACAAUAGCUUCUUCAUAAUUCCAAAUCCCUCUAACAAAAUUUCAACUAUGGUGUUAGAUCAUUAUAACCCCUCUUUCCACACCCACAAAAAAUCCAAAAAUCUCUCCCUCAAAAACACCAACACAAUUAGAAUCUACUUAUUUAAAUUUUCCAAAGUAUUCAUAGUUAUAAUCUUCCAACUUGUGAUCAUACAAUACAUUUACCAAUCUUCAUCAAAACCACCAUCAUCAAUCCAUCAAGAUACAACACAACAAAUUCCGACACCAGAAUCCGAUGAUCGGUGCAAACACGGCACCGUCUAUGUCUACGACCUUCCGGCCAAGUUCAACCAAGACUUGCUCGACAACUGCGCCGAUUUAGACCCGUGGCACUCCCGGUGCAAGGCCGUCUCCAAUCACGGCCUCGGUCCGAUGGCCGCCGGCCUCUCCUCCACCGUGCCGGAAAAUCUAUCUCCGGCGUGGUACUGGACGGACAUGUUCGCCGGAGAAGUCCUCUACCAUUCCAGGAUGCUACGGCACGCGUGCCGGACGACGGACCCGGACACGGCCACGGCGUUCUACAUCCCGUUCUACGCGGGCCUCGCCGUGGGCCGGUACCUCUUCACGAACCACUCGGUGCAGGAAAGGGACGCUUCCUGCGCCGAGCUCUUAAAGUGGGUGGGUGGCCAGGCGCCGUGGCGGCGGAUGCGCGGCGCCGACCACUUCAUCAUGCUCGGGAGGAUGACGUGGGAUUUUCGGCGCUCGCGCGACGGCGACUGGGGGUCGGGCUUCAUCUACAUGGCGCAGAUGGAGCACGUCUUGCGGCUGGGGGUUGAGCGGGACCCGUGGGACCCGCUAGAAAUAAGUGUCCCCUAUCCGACCGGUUUUCAUCCCCGGUCGGACCGGGAACUGGUCCAAUGGAUGGAAUAUGUUAGGACGGUGAACCGGACCAGCCGGUUCGCGUUUGUGGGCGGAAAGCGCCAAAUGAAAGGCGAUUUCCGCACAAUUUUACAAGAACAGUGCCGCGAUGAGCCCGGUUCGUGUCGGAUGGUGGACUGCUCGGGGAUGCGGUGCUAUGACGGGACGUCGGAGAUUAUGGAGGCGUUCGUGGCGUCGGAGUUCUGCCUGCAGCCGAGGGGAGAUGCGCACACGCGGCGGUCGACGUUCGACUGCAUGCUGGCCGGUUCGAUACCAGUUUUCUUCUGGAAGAGGAGUAUCUACAAUCAGUAUGAGUGGUUCUUGGGGGAUGAACCGGACCGGUUUUCGGUUUUCAUAGACCGGAGAGCGGUGCGGAAUGGGACGACUUCGAUUAGGAAAGUGUUGGAGAGUUUGAGUAGAGAUGAAGUGAGAAGGAAGAGAGAGAAAGUGAUUAGUUUGAUGCCAAAAUUUGUGUAUAAAAGUGGUGAAGAUGGGAUUGCCAAAGAUGCGUUUGAUUUCGCCAUUGAUGGAGUGUUGAGAAGGCUGCAUAAAAGAUGAGACUCGACUACAUGAAUAUAUGCUUUUAUAUACUGCUUUGGCUUUGCAUUUU